AUGGCCACAAGAGGCCUCGGCUACAGUCUCAAGGAUGAGUACCCCUCUGGGGGGCCUGAAAGACCGUCUGGGGCCCCCUGGAAGCCCAUGGCCAACUGGGCUCACUGGCCUGGAGCCUGGGGCAUCUGCCCAGCAGGUGGUCCUAAAGAAGUGGACCACCAAGACCCCUUCAUGGUGGUCGACCUGGAUGUGCUGGCCAGCCCCGGGUUGCUGUGCAUCCUGGCCACCCUGGGUGUGGGCUUCGACUGUGCCAGCCAGGGGGAGCUGGAGCAGGUACUGAGCCUAGGCAUGGCCUCCUCUUGCAUCAGCUGCAAAUCCUCCUCUUGCAAUCCCCCAAAACCUGUGUCCUACAUCAAGUAUGCAGCCUGCCACAAGGUGCAGCUCCUAGCCUCUGAGGAGGAGGAGCUGACCAAGGUAGCCCAAUACCACCCCUGGGCUGUCUUCCAUGUGGGCUCCGACUGCCUGAUGCCCCCAAGCUACCUGCAAGCUGUCUCAGAUCCCUACUGCAUGUCUGAGAUGCUCUGUGGAGCCGGCCACAACAUGGGUCUCCUGGAUCUUGGAGGGGGCUUCCCUGGAGUGGAGGGCUGCAAAACCAGUUUGAGGAGGUUACAGGCUGGGGAGAAAGAUCAAUGCUGCCUGGCCCAGGACUUCCCUGAGGGGACUGGCAUCGAGGUCACCGAGGAGCUGGGCUGCUUCUAUGACUGCGUCUGCACAACUGCUGUCAAUAUCAUUUCAGAGAAGGCCGUGCUUGAGCCCGGAGGCCACUGGAAGCUGGUGUACUAUCUCACUGAGGGCUGCUAUGGCACCUUCCACAUCUUCCUCAGGGACCCUGUCCCUAGGACGCCCAUUGUGGUGAAAGAGUCCCUCUCAGACCCCUUUCUUGUCCCCUGCAUCUUGUAUGGCCCCACAUGUGAUGCCGCAGUUGACAAGCUCUUCUCCGAGGUGCAGCUGCCGGAGCUUGACACAGGUAACUGGCUAGCCUUCCCCUCCACAGGUGCCUACACCUACUCCAUGAGCUCUACCUUCAAGGGCUUCCCGCCUGCAGCCAUCCACUGCUACACCUUGGGCCCCCAGCUCAGCUGUCUGAGGGAGGAGCACAGGGGCAGGGCAGUGGGGGACUCCCAACAGGACCUCAGCUUGCCAAGGGAGCCUGCUGCAGAGCUUGGGCUGGGGGUAGGGGUGGGGCAGAUCUAG